AUGCAGCCGUCAGUCAAGGCCGUCACGCUGUCCCGGUGGUUUCUCCUGGUCGUCGGGCUCUCAUGCCCAUCGCCGAUCGAACAGGCCCGCGCCCUCACCCAUCCAAAACAGCAUGAGGAUGUGCGCCUGAAGCCCGAGAAUGCCCGCAUUAACCACCCUGUGCGCGCCGCAUUCGUGAUCCUGGCACGCAACUCUGAGCUCCACGACCUGCGUGCCACCGUGCGCCAGCUCGAGGAUCAGUUCAACCACAGGUAUCGCUACCCAUAUGUGUUUCUGAACGACGAGCCGUUCACGGACGAGUUCAAGCAGAACAUGGAAUGGGCGACGUCAGGCGACUGCCACUUUGGCCUGGUGCCCUACGAGCACUGGUCGAUCCCGCCGUGGAUCGAUCGGGUCAGGGCUCGCUGGGAAAUGCACAAGAUGGGAAACCGGGUGCCAUAUGGAGACAGCGAAAGCUACCGCAAAAUGUGCAGGUUCGAAUCAGGCUUCUUCUUCCGCCACCCGCUGCUGGACCAGUUCGACUGGUACUGGCGAGUCGAGCCUGGCGUCGAGUUCAGCUGCGCCAUUCCCUACGACCCCUUCAAAUACAUGGCCGACAACAACAAGCUGUACGGGUUCACUAUUACCUUGCGCGAGUUUCCGAUAACCGUAAAGUCCCUGUGGAGCACAACCAACGCAUUCCGCGCCGCAUAUCCCGAGUACGUCUCGCCCAACAACACCCUGUCCUGGCUGACCAACGACUCGGGCGACUACAACAUGUGCCAUUUCUGGUCAAACUUUGAGAUCGGGAGCCUCGAGUUUUUGCGCUCGGAAAAGUAUAUGGCAUAUUUCAACUUUCUGGAUCGCGCGGGCGGCUUCUUCAUGGAGCGCUGGGGGACGCACCCCCAUGUACACUAUUUCGGCGAUAUCGGGUACUACCACAAGCCAUUCCAGAACUGCCCUACCGACCCAACCUACAACGCCCAGUACUGCUUCUGCAGCGCCAACCGCUCCAUGCUCUUUAACAGCGAUUCCUGCACCAAGGACUGGCUAGCUCUGUAA